UUUUUUUUUUUUCUCUUUCAAAAAAAACCUUUUUCUCAGACCAUUUCAUUAAAUCCAUUCCAACUCCCACUCUGUCCUUUCAAGUAAAAGCCCAUCUAUUCGGAACAGGCCUCUGCAGUAUGGAUGAUGAAUUGAACGUGCGCAGCUUAUACGGGGAGGAAGAGCUUACGGAAAACGUCAUUAUUUGGUUUGGAGCCAAAUCAGUGCAGUUCCCUUUAGCUCCAGAUAAUAUUUCCAAGAUCUCGGAGCUAGUAGAGAGCUGUGUUCCUUCAGGAUUUGGAGUGAACGAACGUACUGUUUUCGACAACUCGUAUCGCAACUGCAAAGAGCUGAAGCCAAAGGACUUUACACUGUCCAAUAACUACCACGAGCUUAUUCCGAAAUUCGUAGCUGAUAUUGCCAACAUCUUGGAGUCGUCUAAACCGAUUUACGCGUCACUCAACAAGAUAUGUGUGUAUGAGACCCAUGGGUUCUUCAAGGAGCAUGUUGACACUCCUCGGUCCAACAUCUUUGCAUCUCUCGUUGUAUGCUUGCCUACUGGCUAUGAAGGAGGUAUGCUUGUUGUGGAAGACAGUGCCUAUGACUUAUCAUCUACGAAGGCGAUCAAGUGGUGCGCAUUCUAUCCGGACUGUAAGCACAGGAUUGAUGAAGUCACUAAAGGCUUCCGAGUGACAUUGACUUAUGACUUGUUGUACCUCGAUCUCCCUAAGCCGACUCCAUACCAUGACCGUUUGUAUAUAACGCUCGAAAAGUCAUUGCGUGACCUUCAUACAAAAUACCCAGGGUAUGUCAUUGGAAUAGGUCUAGCCAACAAGUAUCCAACACCUAGUCAGCAAAAAUCAGGAGGCCAUAGGGCAAAGCCAAUCCUAAAAGGACGAGAUCUUAGGGUAGUAUCAAUCCUACGCAAUCUCGGCUACACUACAGACAUCAAAGCUGUGUUCAAUGUCGAAGCUAGGAAUGUGUCGGAAUAUGAUGGUAAAGAAAGUGACGCGUUUCCAAAAGACAUAUAUCAAGUGAGAAAGUUGGUUGAGGAAAGAGGUAACAGAGAGGAUGUUUAUGUGUUAUCAGAUGACUGGGACGGCUGGCAUGAAGAAUUUUAUCAAGAUGGCGAAGACUCUGCAAUUAAAGAGCUCUACGAACAUGGCGGAAGGUGUAUCGAGAAUCUAAUUUGGUUAUCAGAACCACAAUCGUGGCAUGCAGGACCAUCAUACAUUACAUAUGGCAACGAACCAGGCUUGGGCUUUGUGUACAAGGAUGGAUGCAUCCUUGCUUAUAAGCAGGAGAAGACAACUGAUCAAAGUGACUAAGCAUUUGAUACAACCAUGAUGUGCUUAUCACUAUCAUCAACAAUAACGAUAUUACUUAUCAUUGCUAUUUGCAUUGCUAUCGUUGUCAAAAAAGAUACAAUAUAAUUAUUGUACCUCAAUAAACAUUUUACGUAUUUGCUCA